CUGUCCUGCAUGCUGAGCUCCUGGCAAGCACCCCAGAAGCUCCUGCUGCCUGCAAUGACCUGACCAAGCCCAUACAGAAAGGACCUGUGCUUCUCAGAAGGUGAGAGACUUUGUCUUGGUGUUUAAUUCUUUGCUGGACCUGUCUGGAAGAAGUGGUCCUGGGGAGCACCUGCAUAGCACUCCAAGGUGCAGGAGGACUCAGCUGCCUACCACUGGACCCUGGAUUGGAGCCCAGUGGAGAGGAUGGACCUAGAUUCCCCCACCACCCCCUAAAGAGCGACAGCUAUGGAAGUCUGUCCCUUGGCAGGGAAACUAGUUGGAGAAGACCCUGAAGAUACAAAGGUCUGAGACCCCGACCAAAAGGGGAUGCCCUGAAUCUCUCACGUAACCCCAAAGUCUUCUCCAGUAUUGGACUUCUUAUAUAUUCUCUGAAGGGGGUGGACUUGAACAUGUGACCUUGCUGGAGGGCUGAGUCACUGAAAGGACGGACCACUGCAGGGCAAAGUGGUAGUAAGAAAGGGGAAUGCUUGUGAUGGAGACACAUACCACACCACCACCUACUCACUAGGUGGCAUUGGCUGUGACUGCUUCCCUUUGCUCCAUUGCAGAGGAUGGGAUGGGGCUCUGGCCUCGCCCCCUCCCUUGUUGUGGUGGAGUGCACCCCAAAGAGCGCUAACAGGAAGCAGUACCAACGCUUAGGAGAGUGCAAGGAUCUGCAAUUGUGCCUGACCUGCGUGCAGAGUGGAGAGUGGGAAGGACCCUUACAUCUUCCUCUCUCUACUGCACCCCCCUCCAAAGGACCCUGCGGAGUCUGACUCUAGAGUCAUGGAGUCAGUCAGAAGGAACAAAUUCCAUGGCUGUUCCUCCAAAACUGAAGAAACUGAAGAGCCCAAAUGUUCACGUUGGGGAAAAAAUUUCACUGAAAUGUGAGGCUACUGCAGGGAAUCCCCAGCCCUCCUACAAGUGGUAUAAAGAUGGCAAAGAACUGAAGAAGAGCAAGGACAUCCGAAUAAAAUAUGGGAAUGGCAAAAAAAUUUCCAGGCUGCAGUUCAAUAAGGUGAAGCUGGAAGACGCUGGGGAGUAUAGCUGUGAAGCCGAGAAUGUGCUAGGGAAAGACACAGCAAAAGGCAGCCUUAAUGUGAGAAGUGGAACAACGAAUGCACCACAAGUCUUACCUGCUUCAGAAACUAAAUUAGUUGUAAUGGAAGACGAGUUAGCGACCACACUCUCCUCCUGGUCAGGACACGCCAGAAAAUGCAACGAAACAGCCAAAUCCUAUUGCGUCAACGGCGGGGUGUGCUACUACAUCGAGGGGAUCAAUCAGCUGUCUUGCAAAUGUCCAAAUGGAUUCUUCGGACAGAGAUGUUUGGAAAAACUGCCUUUGCGAUUGUACAUGCCAGAUCCUAAGCAAAAAGCUGAAGAGCUCUAUCAGAAGAGAGUUUUAACCAUCACUGGGAUCUGCGUUGCAUUGCUUGUGGUUGGAAUAGUAUGUGUGGUCGCUUACUGUAAAACCAAAAAACAACGAAAACAAAUGCAUAACCAUUUACGGCAAAAUAUGUGUCCCGCCCAUCCGAACCGGAGCCUUGCCAACGGCCCCAGUCACCCCCAGCUGGAUCCGGAGGAAAUUCAGAUGGCUGAUUAUAUUUCUAAAAACGUUUCUGCCACUGACCAUGUGAUACGGAGGGAAACAGAGACGACGUUUUCAGGAAGUCAUUCCUGCUCCCCAUCUCACCAUUGCUCCACAGCUAGUCCAACUUCAAGCCAGAGGCAGGAAAGCCACACAUGGAGCUUGGACCGCACGGAGAGCCUGACUUCUGAUUCGCAGUCUGGUAUGAUGCUCUCUUCAGUGGGAACCAGUAAAUGCAACAGCCCUGCCUGCGUCGAGGCCCGCACCCGGCGAGGAGCUGCGUAUUGCAUUGAGGACUCGAGAAGACCCACGAUGCAAUACAGGGAUUCUGUGGAUUCGCUGCGAGACUCGCCACACAGCGAGAGGUAUGUGUCUGCUCUGACAACACCAGCACGUCUGUCUCCUGUUGACUUCCAUUACUCACUUGCUGCACAGGUACCUACCUUCGAGAUCACCUCCCCCAAUUCUGCUCACGCGGUGUCCCUUCCACCUGCGGCACCCAUUAGCUUCCGAGUGGAAGAGCAGCAGCCUUUACUGCGACGCUAUCAGGUGCCCUUCCAGGAUAUGCAGAGAUAUGACAGUUACUACCAAAGGAAGAGCUACUUGAAUGAGAGCAUGGGGAGCCUGCCUUCGAGCCCCUUCCGCAUCACGGAGGAUGACGAGUAUGAAACGACACAAGAGUACAUCCCAGCACUAGAACAACCAAAGAAAACAGCUAGCAACAACAGGCGGUGGAAAAGAUCUAAACUCAACGGGCAGGUCUCACACAGACCCCGGACGGUCAGAGACUCCUUCUCAGGAAGUAGUGCUUCAUAUAGCGAGUCUGAUGAGGAGCUCAUGGCGGAGAGCACCCCGUUCUUAAGCAUUCAAAACACUGAGGCAAUGAACACAGAUUCGCCGCCGCUGUAUCGGCCAGGAGACAGCAGGACUUACUAUUCCUUCGAGAGACAAAGCGCACAGUUGGAGAGCGGGCAAAGCAGAUCGACACACACGAGACCCAAACAGGACUCGGCUCCUCUUUAGAAGCCACACAAACUCACGCACCCACAAACACACCUGUAUCGAAAAGGAGGAAAGAUAUUUUUAUUUUGUAUAAAAGAGGAAAAAAUAUAACAAAUCAAAUGUUUUAUUUUCAUUUUAGCAAAGUUGUCUUAUAAUAGCUAACAGCAAAGACUUUUUUAUAGGGAAUCUCUAUUUAUAUGUAACAUCUUGACUUACAGCUUCCGAGAGAAAAAAAAACACAAAACAAAAUAAAUAAAUAAUAAUAAAAAAAAGAUGGGCCAAUUUUUGACAACUUAAAAAUAGAAAAAAAAUCGUGGUGCCUUUUUUUGCUGUAUGCUAAUGCCAGAGUCCAUGCUGAGGAUUACGUUUCAGUAGCAUUCUUAAGAUCAUAGGUUGUAGUUCAAGACAACUUACCAUGUUAAGGGCACUUUCCCAUUUGAAAAAACAGCACCCUCCACUUUGCCCCAUCUCUGGAUGUUUAUGAUCUCGUUCUUUAAAACAUUGUUAUAACACACAAAUGACAUGUGUAUGUAUGUUCUCAUGAAUACCUCCUAAGGGGAAUCCAUCUUGCCCACUCAAAUAGUUGUAGUUUUGCUUAUUUCAGGGUGGGGAAUUACAUACCAGAAUGCAGAAGUAAUGGGUUUUUUUUGCAACAUAGGUAGGAAGAGGGGAAAAAAGCAUACAGUAGCAACAACCCUUACAAUAUAUUUGUUGACCGUGUUACUUGUGGGGUCCCAAGUAAAUUUCACUCAUUUUGGCACAGUUUUGUGACGUUGUCGUCAAAUGAAUAAAACGUUUACAUGGAUGUGGUAAAAUAUUAUGUAUUUAUAUAUGGUUGAAUCCACUUUAUUGGUGCAGACCCUGAUGGGAAGGGAAACAGCCCAUUGCAGCAGUUACAGACAAGCACUCUCGACUGAUCAAUUGUUUUAAAAGAUGGCAUUACAGUAUUACAAGAAACAAUGUGAAGCUUAGACAGGGUUACAUAUUGGCCAUGAUAGUACGGAAGAGUAGAGCAAAGGACAUGGAGAAGUUAGUGACAGCACGACCACCAGUAUAGCCCUGCUAGUUGCUGUGAAUCAGCUACAAAUAGUGUUGAGUGUGCUCCAUAUGCAAUUAAUCCCUGUUUAAAGUCACUGCAAUGCAUCCCCAGGACCCUGCCCCUGGCCAAUGAAAUAGGCAGGCAAUGUAGCAGGAAAGCCAGUCAGUGGAUUCUUCUGUAUCCAUGUGCCGUAUAUUGUAAAGAAAGUUGUUAUUGUAAUGUGCCAGUGUUAACAUAAUAACUUGCUAUCAAAGAUGGACAUCAUGUUUAGGGCAGCCCUGGCCCCUGGACCCGUGGCUCAAAGAGACAGUGCUGUGUGUCCAAGAAGCGGAACAUUCACAUGUGAAAGUGCCCCUCCUUUCAGUUCAUUGCAGCAACCCUGUUUACAUUGUAGCCUGACUUAUUUCUUUUUAUA